GCACACACAUCGUUUUUGAAAGACCGUCGUCGAGUUGGGAAAAUGGAAAAAGAAGGGAAAAAGACAACUGCAUUUAUGGCCAAAGCUUUGUCUGUCUUCUUUGUUGGAACAUUCCUUCUUCGCUUCAUAUUUGCAGUGGUAUACUUUCGACAAAUUGGUCUCUCUUCAACGUACUCGGGUAUUCUUCAAGGGGCUUCGCCACUUUCCACUGCGAUCGGGGGAAUAACCUUGGGAUACAUUGCAGAUCGAGCUGAUCGAAGAAAACUAAUCUUUGUGAUAUCCUACUUUGCUUACGCUAUAACCCCAUUUCUGCUGACAUUACCAGAACCAGCAAAUCACUGUCUUAAUAAUUCAGGAUCCAAAACUAAUAUAUCUCAAGAUGGGCAAAUUACGAGUUUAUUGAACCAUUUUAAAACAAACCCGAAUAAAUCCAAAGGAUUUGGCAGUGAUUCAAAAUCUACCGUCCAAAUCACCACAACAAAGAUCUCUCCACUGCAGACAAAGCUGAACCACCUUUCCAAACAAGAAAGAAUGAGAAAAGGGAAGAGUAAGCCAUUCACAAAUUCUACAAUACUCUCACACUACAAGACUUCAACAUAUAUUUUAGAUUCUCCUGAACUAGUUAGUGAGGUGCAAAGAAACCGUGAAAAUGGACUGAAAUCUGAACGUUUACAAAUAUACCAAGGUCAAAAAAGKAUGAUUCGUGGCAAUGGCCACAAUUCACUAGAUUCCUUUGACGGCGAAGGACCUUCUCCMAAGAAACUCACUAAAAUGGUGAAYAUGCCGACAUUCAAAGAAAACARUAACAGAAAGAAAUGGCUUUUCAUCUCAUUGCUUAUCAUCAUUAUAAUAAGCGAUUUCUUUUCAGGGGCUGCAAUUAAUCUUGCCGAUACUGUCCUUGUAGAAGCUUCUGAAGACAAGAAACAAUAUGGCAGAUUUCGUGCUUGGGGUAACGUUAGUCAAGCUGUGACAAUUCCUUUGGCUGCAAUUYUGACAUACUUUAAGACAGUUGAAAUAUGUGGAGAGUCUGUAGGAGACUACAAGUUGGCCCUUUACAUGACAUCCAUCAUCUCAGCSACAGGYUGGCUUUUGGGGAUUUUUGCAGUUCACUUCCCUUCUUCAAAAGGUGAUGACCAUAAGAAGCACGGCACUUCAGAAAAAGCAUCUCUCAAGGACCUCAUCACUCCUCUCGGAAACUGGAGUCUUCUCGUUAACGCCUUCUUUUUUGGUGCUUUCCAUGGUGCCGUUUCAAGCUUCCUUUUUUGGAAAAUGAUCGAUUUGGAUCAAAACCAAGCAAAUCUUUCCAUAGCUGUGGCCAAUUUUGCUAGAAAUACAUCAUCGUUGGCAGUUUCGUUCUUUUCUCCGCAAAUACUCCAUAAGAUUGGCUACAGAAAUACAAUGAGCGUUUCUUGCUUGACAUUUGGCAUUGGUUUUACUGUAGCCGCCUUCAUGCGUUCUUCGUGGUUAGGCAUUACUGUGGAAAUACUUGCUGGAGCAGGCUUUGCAUUCGCCUUUAAUGCUUGUGUAUCCUACAUGUCACAAGUGGCGCCCCCUGAAUUAGCUGUAACUGUACAAGGUCUCCUUCAUUCCAUGUACACUGGAAUCGGUCUGGCUGCGGGACCAGCUUUAGCUGGUUUUCUAAUGGAUAAAACAGAUCAAACCGUCACAUUUCUUAUCUUUGCUGGGAUGACCAUUUUAGUGAUGGUAUUUUCAAUGAUUGUUCAGUGGAUCAUGAAGAUACGUGAGGGCGAUUAUCAAAAACUCGCUACUGAAGAAGAAGAUAAGUAGAGUAAUGUGAAGUAUCAAUAAAAAGAACGAUAGAGUGAGUGAAUAAAAAUUGUA